UCCGGAGCGUGUUCGCCACACAGCGCUCGCGGGCCGUAGUGGCGUAAACCGGAACUGUUCACAGAAGAAGUGAUGGCGGAUGACGAGCAUAACAGAAGAGGAGGCACCGACGACGGAGCAGGGCCGCUGGAGGAGGGGGACAGAGUGAAAACUAAGCCUGUCUCUUGUAGCACUGUGGGAGGAGAAGGGACCGCGGUCAAACGCAAAUCCCAGCAUCUCGCACCUGAAGAUGAGGACGAGUCCCCAGAGGACCCACCAGCACCCCGCAAAGUCUCCAAGAUAGGCUUUAGCAUGAGCAGUCCGAUGGGGAAGAAGUCGAACCCCAUAUCUAUCAAACUUGGAGCAACAAAACCCAAAGAGCCUGCACCGUCAGUUCCUCCUAAAAAGUUAGGGCUGGCCGCUGUUUUUAACGAAGACGAUGAUGACAGUGAACCUGAAGAGAUGCCCCCAGAAGCAAAGAUGAGGAUGAAGAACAUUGGCAGGGAGACACCAACAUCUGCGGGACCUAAUUCCUUCAACAAGGGCAAGCAGGGUUUCUCUGAUCAUCAAAAACUUUGGGAGAGGAAGAUGAAGUCCCAAGCAGACAAAUUGUAAAUGACUGCCACAGUUUUUGUCAGUAAUGGAGGAUUUUGUAUAGUUUAAACCAUGUCAUGGAGAUAUCUAUGAAGGCUCAAAUGAUUCCUCACUGUACCCUCGGUUUUGACAACUUCUCAGCUGUGUGGACAUGCAAUGAGGAAUACUUUAAGCCUUUGAUACUCAGUGACUGAACCCACGUUUACGUUUCAAACCACUACCGGCUGACGCUUACUGAGAGGAGAGGUACCAGUGUGUCAACCCUCUGUGACGAGAGGUGCAGAGUAGGGGGAUGGAGAUAUGGGACAAACAAAAUUGCCGGAAUAUUGUUUAAACUGUGCAGAAUUAUACGGUUGUUUUCAGCUGGAUAAUGACUAAAUCUAGCACCGUAGUGCCCUCAUUCCCCUUUUGUGACAUGCUUGUUCCUACCAGAAGCUGGUUGGAUGUUGGUCCUGAGCAAGUGUCGCUUGUCAAAUAUUUGUAUAAAAACGUACAUAGAACUGUGAUAAUGUUUUAUUUUUAAAUACACAAAUAGGAGUGUGUGUUUAAGGGUUAUGUUAAUGUGAAUGUGCGGCUAAGACGACGCACAGAUGGAUUGUUGUUGUAUUUCGUUUCUCGGCAUCAAUGUAAAACCUUUUGUUUUCACCAGCUGUGCCACCUCAUGGGCAGUUUAUUUUGUUUGACCUUUGUGCCAGUGUUUCUGGUUUUGCUUGCUCAAUGCUUUAUUUCUGUCUGCUUUAUGGAAUCUGUCAAAAAAAUGUGUCUGUAAUUUUUUUUUAUUUGUUCCAAAUGAAAGGACUGCUAAUUUGUUUUUAGUUGACAACUAUGUGAAGGCAGCCGUCACAUAGUUACCAGGGUGCUGCUAACAGUCAUGUUUAAGGGCCAGUUCACCCCAAAACAAAAAUAAAUAUAUAUUCUCCCUCUUACUUGUAGGUCUAUUAAUAAAUCUACAUUGUUUAGAUGUGAGUUGCCUAGUUUUGGAGAUAUUGGCCGUAGAAUUAUCUGCCUGUUCUCUAAUAUAACUGUACUAUAUGGCAUUCGGUUGUCAGUGUUGAUCAAAGCGCCAAAAAAAUACAUUUGAAAAACUCAACAGCAAUAUCUCUUUUCAGAAUUCGAGUAUAGAUGCAUACUUCCUUCUGCUCGGUUAUGAGGUUUGUGGGUGUAGUUUGGUAGAAAGAAAAUAGUUCCUAUAUGAUAAACUCCCCACAGUAAGGUCUAUGUAUUAUCUUGAGUAAUCGGGUCGUGAUUUCUAGAAAGAGACAUUACUGUUGAGUUUUUGAACUAGAUUUCUUUGGGCCCUUUGAGCACAAUAAGCAGAGUGCCAUUUUUUCUUGAGAUGACCGAUUUCUCUAUGGCUUAUACCUCCUACACUGGGCAACUCACACCAAAGCAAUAUAGAUUUAUAAUAGCUUUACAAGUAAAAACACAUUUUUAGUUUUGGAGGGAACUGUCCCUUUAAAUUAUUUCUGGCAGGUUACAAUGCAGGUUAGCAAUAAAACUUUUCAUUGCCUUUUUAACUUCAGAAAGCCCAAACUUCUGAAAUAUUACCCCAAUCCUUUUAGUUCGGAUAAAUGUGGUGACGUCUCCUGUGCCUGACACGUUUUGGAAAAUUCCCUAAAUCAAAAAUAUAAACUCUGACUCCCUCCGUGGGUUUUAUGACUGUUGUGCUUUCACAAAUUAAUCACAUCCAGUGAUACAACCUGUCUCAUCAAACAACUCUCUUCAUUACACAAUUAAAAGUCAAAUAAAAAAAUUGAGGGAUGAA